AUGGGAUCGAAAACGUUACUUUUGACUACGGGAAUGUUAAUAAGUGGUGUUUGCAAUACCAUUUUGAACAAAUACCAGGAUAUGACGUGUGUUAAAGAUUGCGAUAAUAAAAAUCCAGAAUACUUUGAACAACCAGUAUGGCAAACUUUUAAUAUGUUUGUUGGAGAAACGAUGUGUUUCAUAUUAGUUUAUGCAAUUUUGGUUUGGGAAUACCAUCAAACUAGAAGAUAUGCUCCUUUGGGUCCCGAUGGUACUGUGACAGAUGGUUCCGAGGAAAUUACCGUUGUAGCUGAAGACGAUGAAGUAAUUAAAGUUGAUGACGAUGAAUUCCAUGGUGCUACUGAAGAAUUGACCGGAUGGCGUGUAUUUUUGUUUUGUUUGCCUACAUUAUGCGAUAUUUGUGGAACUACACUUAUGAACGUCGGAUUGAUCUAUACCUCGGCAUCAGUUUAUCAAAUGCUUCGUGGAGCAGUUGUAUUAUUCACCGGUUGUUUCUCCGUAUUAUUCCUUCGUCGACAUCUCUACGCAUAUCAUUGGUUUUCUCUUUUCCUUGUGGUUUUAGGUGUUUCGAUUGUUGGCAUGAGUAGUAUUUUAUUCCCUUCUGUAAAGGUAUUGGGUACGAUUGAAAAUCUUUCGGUUAAUGAAACAGAAAUCAUUUCAUCAACUGAUCCUACCCAUUCCAUAAUUAUAACGGAUUCAAAUAGCGCUUAUGAUAAUAAUAAUUCUUCUACUGAUGCUUUUAUUGGAGUUUUCUUUGUUCUAUUCGCUCAAAUUUUUACAGCAAGCCAAUUUGUUAUUGAGGAGAAAAUUAUGGAAAGAUAUCGUGUUAAACCUUUACGUGCAGUUGGACUUGAAGGAAUAUUCGGACUUUUAACGGUUCUAUUUGGUGCUACAAUAUUAUACUUUGUCAUAGGAAUACAUCAUCCUGAUGGGUAUUUUGAUAUUCCAGCAGGAUGGAAUCAGAUCAUUUCUUUUGAACAAAUUUGGAUUACAGGGAUUGCAAUCUGCUUCUCUAUCGCAUUUUUCAAUUUCUUUGGUUUAUCGGUUACUAGAAGGUUAAGUGCCACAGCAAGAUCAACUAUUGAUACUUCUCGUAUCGUAUUGGUUUGGACGGUUUCACUCUUUCUUGGUUGGGAAAGCUUCUCUUGGCUUCAAGUAAUUGGAUUUAUUAUUCUUGUACUGGGUACAUUCACUUUCAAUAAUGUUAUAAGUCCUCCACCUUGUUUCUCAGUACCUACACCGGAUUCACAAGAAGUUCGACCUUUAUUGCCUGAAGAUCAUGAACAUAGAUAA